UUGAUUUUUAAAAAUGUUUUACUGUCUAUGUCUAUACAAAUAUUAUAUAUCAUUUAAAACCCUAUAUCGUACCUAUCUUUGUGUAGUUGCUGAAAUGAUUAAAACACAGUGUGCUUUACAAGUUGUUUGCUGAAUAAAGCACGAUUCACGACAUCUGCCUCUACUUUCCAGCCUGAAAGUCCUUACUGUUUGGUUGCUAGGUGUAUUAGCGUCCUAUCUGUGUAGGGUUGCUAGCUAAUGGCUAGUUUGCUAAUAGCAGCGUAAGUGAAACCCACAUGCCGUGUCGAAAAUGGAUUAUAUAAAUUCCAGUUGCGGAUGAGCACGCUAUAACGAUAUAAACCUAUAUUUACCAAAUGCAUAUGUAAAACGUAGGUGUUUGGACGUUUUUUGGGGCACUCACAUGAGUUCCAGUGAGGCAGCCAAGAUGGGGGACAUCUUGGCAACAGAAGCAGAUCUUCUUGGGAUGGUCAAGGAGUACCUUAAGUUCGAGGAAUUUGAAGAGACUGUUCACAGUUUUGAAAAGGACUGCAAAAACAAAGGCAAGCUCGUCUCAAAGCCUCAAGGAAGUACUCUCAGAGACUCAAAGACUCGUGUUAUCCAGAAAGACCUCCUUGGCUGUUUUGACGACGGAGACAACAAAGUGUUCUUUGAACUGUGGACUGAGAAUAUUCCCUCUGAGGUUAAAGACACAGACGCUGAGGCCCAGAGCCUGGAGUUCUACCUCUACAUCCACUUCACCAUCUUCCCACUGAGGAGGCACCCUGGUAGACAUGACCGGGCUGAUUUUGAGGAGAGGAUUUCCCACUUUAAGCAGUACCUGGAGACUCGUGGAGCAUCAUUGAGCCAGACCGCAGAGUUCCUGCCUUACUAUGCUUUGCCUUUUGUUCCCAAUCCCGCUGUCCAUCCGUCCUUCAAAGAUCUUUUCCAGGAUUCCUGGUUACCACAGUUGAAGGAUAAACUGGAGCAGUUUCUAUCAGUGACACUGAAGUCAUCCAACACCCCACGGCUGCUGAAUUUAUAUAAGGAAGGAGGAAGGAGCACUAAGGAGGCCAUACAGCAGUUACAGCUCCAACUGGUUGAAUCAGACAGACGCAUAAAUAGUUACGUACGUAAAUUCAACAAGAUGCAGGCCGACUACCACAACCUGAUUGGAAUCACUGCUGAGCUGGUCGACUCGUUGGAGGCCACUGUCAGCGGAAAAAUGAUCUCCCCUGAGUACCUGCAGAGUGUGUGUGUCCGCCUGUUCAGCAGCCAGAUGAGGCAGAGUGUUGUGCAGAGCACUGACUUCACCAGACCUGGCACUGGAUAUUACUCUAUGAGUCCCUAUGAUGACGGAUAUGCCUCCUCGUUGCUUCGAGCUUCCAUUGCACCACAGAGACCUAAAGAGGUGCCAAUGCUGCCCUCGCUAGACUAUGAAAAGCUAAAGAAAGACCUGGUUGAAGGCUCAGACAGACUCAGGGCUCUGCUGCUUCAGGCGCUGCGCUGGAGACUGACUCGCUCUCUGCCUGGUGAACAAAGAGACACCGUGCUUCAGGCCUUCAUCAGUAACGAUCUGCUGGAGCGCUACAGGCAAACACAGAAAACUGUGCUUCAUUUAAUGAGAUCGAGGAACGAGAUUGUCCGCCAAUACAUGGCUCGUCUCAUCAAUGCAUUCGCUUCCCUUGCCGAGGGUCGGGUUUACCUCUCCCAAAUCCCCAUUCUGCUCAAACUUCUAACAGAGGCACUCAGGAUGGAGGAAAAAGACUCUGUUACAAGAGAGAACGUGCUAGUGGCUCUGCAGAAGCUCAGCCUCAGGAGGAGCCAGCAGACGGCCAUGAUAGCAGACGAUCUGAUUGGCUGGCUGGUGGAUGAGCUGCAGGACUCUGACUGCCUGAGUGACUACACCCUGGAGUACUCGGCUGCUCUGCUCAUGAACCUGUGUCUGCGAACAAAAGGAAAAAGGAAAUGUGCAGAGAACGCCAAGCAUGUGCUCAAGGUUCUAACUGACCUCCUUGGACAUGAGAACCAUGAGAUUCGACCGUAUGUGAAUGGAGCCCUGUACAGUAUCCUGUGUAUUCCCUCUGUGAGACAGGAAGCCAAAGAGAUGAGUGUGGAGGAGAUCCUCCGCUGCUACAGCAAAGAGGAGAACCCAGACCUCAACAGACAGAUCAAGUUCAUCAUUAAACAGUUGAACUCAGCUGAUGAUGAGGGGCCAGAAUCUGACGAUGAAGAAGAAGAGGAUGACAACGAUGAAGAUUUAAUGGAGACAGAACUUGAAGUAGAGGAAGUUCUCCAGCCACAGCCAAGGGAACUGUCUGGAGAGAGUCUGCUCACCACUGAGUACCUUGGAAUCAUGACCAACAUGGCAAAAGUGAAGAAGAAGUCGACCCCUCAGCCGCCAGCAAGUGUUGAUGAACCGCUUCAACGGCCAGUCACCCCUAGUUCUCAUCGCAACGCCAAUGCAAUGGAUUAUCGAUCAGGCAGUGAGGGGGGGGGAGGCAGCAGGGACAGGGAAUCCCCCCACAACAGACAGAAAAGCGAGGAAGGAAGUCUGCCUCCUUCUCGAUACAACUCCCGUCCUCCUACACGCUCGGGCAGUCGCCCCAGCACCGCUGACUCCCUGCGUCACAGUGUCGGUGAACUCGGAGUGCGGCCGGUUGUCCCAGGAGUCAGAGUUGGAUGGGCCAUAUCAAGGGCAAGCCAGAAAAGGACAUUCCCAGGAGGAAAACAAUGGACACUCUGCCCGAACCUAGAGGACAUCAUCAUAAAUUGUCUUUCAGAGCCGCUCACCACCACUGCAAUGACGAAGAAAGAAAAAGUCUCUAUGGGUCCCCAUUGCCAUUUUUGUUAAAGAAGGGUGUACACUAAAAUGAACAAAGAACAACAAGGCUCUGCAUGAAAAGGAAAACAACCACAACAAUAUAUGCAACACAGUAUUGGCUUAUGAUACCUGCCGUCUGACACAACAUUAACAAAAUGAAACUGCAGUAUUUCAAUGACAAGCCUUCGACUUGUGUGCUUCAUGGUCAGUUGUUUGUUUGAAACUACUAUUAGACAGCCAGAGUAAAGUGGUCAACUAAUAUAUGAGGUUCAUGUUGAACUCUUAGAUGUGUGUCUGCGUAUUUGUGUGUCUGCGGAGAGAGCUGGCAAGAGUGUUGUUGUACACCGAUGGGUGACUCAGCAUUGCCAAGCUGCUCUGUGAGACUGUGACAUGCGUUUAAACGAGGACUUCCCACAAAGAGACCCAUUCAAUCAAACCUCCCCUGCUUCUCCUCUCCUUCAAAUCCCUAAGGAACUUGACUCCUGAAUCCCGCCAAGAGCAAUGAUUCCCAGGAAACCGCUUCAGUUAUCCAACCCCCCCAUCACCCCAUACUCCCAACACACGUACAAACACCCCUACCAAAAAGACUUAAAUGGCCUCAUUUCACCCCAAUUCCAAGGCAAGUCUUUGAUAUUUAGGUGAAUAGAAUCUUAGCAACACAGCAAUUUGGCAAAUAUCAAAAGAGAAUAUAUAUAUAUAUAUAUAUUUCUGUGUUUGUUGUUAGGUUAAUGAAUUCCCUUUUUUGUUUUGUUUACUGGAAAAGCUCAUUCAGUAUCAGUGGAAGGGCCAGGAAGGCUUUUGUGUUCCAGACAUCAAAGUUACACUCUGUGGCUAUUUAUGCAAAUGUUUUACAAAUUAUAAAAUAUACAUGCAAAUCUCAGUUCCCUUCUCCACAGGACAGACAGAGCUUAUGGACGAUGUUAAAGCCCUUAACUUCCUUUAUGAACAUCCAGUUAUUCCAGAUGAUAUCAGGGAUGAUGGAUGUGAAUACUGUGAGCAGAAACAAGAAUGAGCUGAAAUCCAUCCAUCUAUUAUUGUAUGGGAUUGCUCUCAGGAUGUAGGUCAUUUGGCUCCUACCUGAUAUGGACAUAAGUGUGGGCCUUUGUGUGACUGAAGGCAGAAGAGUCAUUUAUUCAAUAUGAUCCUGUUUCUCAGACUCACACGGGCAUGACAAGAAAUUAUUCUUUGAAUUUAGUAAACUAUUGCAGCCUUUUUGCAAUGCGUGCUAUGCAUUGGAAGCUGUAAUAUAGAUGCAAAAUAUUGUGUCAUUUGUAUAAUAGGGGAUAACUUUGUGCCAUGCCAGCUACUGGCUGACACAAGGGAAGUCGAUGUUAUCAAGUGUCAAGGGCAAGAGGGUUGUCCAAGGUUGAUGUUGCACGCAGUAACGCUGUCCUAUCUGUGCUAUGAAACCUUCUGUGAAAUGAGAUGUGUUCAUGGGCGUCGGGUCUCACAGCGACUGAGAAGCUCACCAGAUAGAAAAUGAUUAUUCUAACUGUAAGAAAUAAGAUUGGCUUGAAUAAAAAGUAACUAAAGAUGAUCAAUAAAGGAGAGGUUUCAUUCAUAUGAAUAUACCGUUUAGUUACCUAUAUCUGUAAUCACCUUUUUGUAUCAUAGUGUUUAUUUUGAUUAGUGAAACAGCUGGAGUUAUUGAUGUUAUAUAUCAUUAUAGCUACAAAGAAAAACUCACCAUUUAUUUCUUCCUUUCCCUUUCC